AUGGCUGGGCUAAAACCUAGAGUGAUUGCACUUUCCAAGCAUGAGGGCCAGAGCUAUGGUUUCUACCUGAGGGUUGAGGAGGGGGUAGAAGGUCAUUUGGUUCGGGCCUUGGAGAUGGGUGGUCCUGCUGAACUAGCAGGUCUCAAGGAUGGAGAUCGCAUUAUCAGAGUCAAUGGAACCUUUGUGGACAACCUGGAACACAGCCAGGUUGCUGAUUUGGUUAAGAAAAGUAGAUUGACUGUCACAUUUCAUAUCCUGGGAAAUGAAGCAUACCAGGAGGCCAAAAGGAAUGGCAUAAACCUUGCAGAACCACAGUCCUAUUCUGCUCAGAGUCAGCCCACCAUGAAUGGAGUCCAUGCAGCAGGCCCUAAACUCAAACUCUGCUUCCUGCAGAAGUCGCAGAAGUCCAAAAGUAGCUUUGGUUUCUCACUCAAGUCCUCUAAAGAUGAAGAGGGAAUGAUCAUGACGGAUGUGAUUGAGGGAGGCAUUGCUGAUAAUGCAGGGGUUAGGGCAGGUGAUCGUCUGGUGGAGAUCAAUGGAAAAAAUGUAGAAGUUGCUACACACGAUCAAACUGUGGAAAAGGUCAAAGCUUCUGGGAAUAGUCUAAUGGUUUUACUUGUGGACAAAGAAACGGAUAAAUACUACAAGAAUAAACGCAUCAGACUGGGAACUGGACUGGCCACAACGAAGCACCUACCACUGAAGCCUCGCAUAGCUGAAAUCACCAAGGGAGACAAUGGUUAUGGCUUUUUCCUUAAGGAAGACCCUCAAACUCGAGGUCAUUUCAUUGGAGAAAUUGACUGUGGGAGUCCUGCAGAAAAAGGGGGAAUGAAGGAGAUGGACCGACUGGUUGCUGUGGAUGGAGAGGCAGUUAAUCAUUACACCCAUGAGCAAUUGGUAGAUAAAAUACACCAGCUGGGAAAUCGAUGCUGCCUCCUGGUGGUUGAUGAUGAAACACACAAGAUGUACAAGAUGGGUGGUGUUUCUCCUUUACUUUAUUGGGAGGAAAUGAGGAGUUCCCUGCCUCAGCCGAGUAAUCCUGAACCUGAGGUCACCCCAGUCCCAGCCAUGCCUGAUGCUGCAGAGGAACUAUAUAAACCCAAAUUGUGCCGUAUGGAAAAGUCUGCUGCUGGGUAUGGCUUCCACCUCAAUGGUAUCCAAGGAGAGUAUGGACAAUAUAUCCAAAAGGUGAUGAAAGGUGGAGUAGCAGACAGAGCCGGGUUAGAGGAUGAUGAUGUUGUGGUGGAGGUCAGUGGAGUGAACGUAGAGCAAAGCACACAUGAGGAGGCUGUGAAUCUGAUCCGCAACAGUGGCAACACAUUGGUCCUCCUUGUAGCAGGGCGUAUUGCCUAUGAUCACCUGAAAGCUAAGGGAGUUGCAAUUACCUCCAAACUGCUGGAUCCAGAGAAAACACCAGUUCAGCCUCGUGAAAGGACACCCUCUGUUUCAUCUACAUCCUCAUCAGAACAUGACGACGUGAGGCUUUGA